AAGAGAACCAAUGCAACAACAGCAAUAACUGUUGUCACACUCCCCAUACACAUUAUGACAGCAACCCAUCAUUCCCACGCUAUGUAACUCGCAUCCUAUGCCCCCUCGCACCCCCACCCCUCCACCCCACUCACCCCCACCCCUAAAUGCUAUAGCAAAAAUUUUGGUGCUAGUAGUAAUAAUAAUAAACCAAACUGCCUAACACAGCAAGAACAACAACAAACAAUGGCACUUGGUAAUGAAAAAUCUGUAGAUGGAAAAAUUUGGGGACUAUGUAAACUUCCAUUUUGGCAUUCAAACAGCAGUUCAGUGGCUGCUACUUCUUCUUCUGUUGCUUCUUCUUCAUCAUCUUUUAGGCAGCAGCAACAACAACAGUUUCAGCAUCAGAACCAUAAUGGCAUUUCUGUGGAUCAUCAUUCUAAUAUUCAUGCUUCACUUAAAGUUUCUUCUGUUGCAAAAUCAUUUCUUCCAACGCGUCGUAAGCUCAGUCUUGAUCCACCAAACAAGCUUUACUUUCCAUAUGAGCCUGGUAAACAAGUCAAGAGUGCUAUUAGAAUCAAGAACAUUAGCAAGAAUCCUGUAGCCUUCAAGUUUCAAACUACGGGGCCAAAGAGUUGUUACAUGCGGCCUCCAGGUGGUAUUCUUGCUCCUGAUGAAAGCAUCAUUGCAACAGUUUUCAAAUUCGUCGAGCCACCUGAUAAUAACGAGAAACAAGUUGGCAAGAAGAGCAGGGUCAAGUUCAAAGUCAUGAGCUUAAAAGUAAAAGAGGAUGUUGAUUAUGUGCCAGAGCUGUUUGACGAACGGAGGGACGAAGUAGCAGUUGAACAAGUAUUGGGUGUGGUAUUCCUUGAUACUGAACGCCCUUGCCCUGCACUCGAGAAACUUAACCGCCAGCUAGCUGAAGCUGAGGCUGAGGUUGAGGCACGCAAAAGACCUCCAGAAGAUACAGGUCCAAAGAUCGUCGGGGAAGGCCUUGUCAUUGACGAAUGGAAAGAAAGAAGGGAAAGAUAUCUUGCAAGGCAACAAGUUGAUGGAGUUGAUUCAGUAUAAAUCAAAGCUCUCAUUUCUGUGGAUGGUUGAGACUUGAGAAGCAAAUAGCCUGCAGAUUAACAGAUAUACUUAGGUUGUUUUUCUUCUCAAAAAGUGAAAUUGAUUUUUUCAUGUGAUUUUUCAAUCCUCUCUAUUCCUGGAUCCUUGUCUUUCAACUCUUGCUUGUAUAUAAGAGAAACUUGGGAAGUUCCUUCCUUAAUUGAUCAACAA